CGGAUGUUCAUUUGGCAUGGCAAAGUACGGUAUUACCUAUACUAGUGAUACCUGCUCGAAACUCUGUCAAUGCAGGUCGAGAAAUUCGCCAUAACGCUAUUAGCCAUCUGCAGCACAUUCUCCUGGCGUAUUCCCCAACAAGCGAAAGAGAUCAAAAACAAGUUGAAGAAGUGUUCAACCGAGUGGUAUUCCCACUGAUGGACAAAUUACUCAAUCCAUAGGUUGCAUCGCGCGAUCCACAGGGCAUGGGUGAAACUCGCUUGAGAGGAUCUGCUCUAUUGUGCAAGGUUUUCAUGCAUCUGUAAUUGCGCAAAAGUAGAGCGAAGGCGGACUUCAGAUUGCUCUGGAUCGAAGGGUUAGACUUCCUUGACAGAUUAUUGCACGUAGACAGAGGUGAUGCUAGUACGGCUCAUUUUUAUGAAGCAGUUCCAGAAUCGUCAAAGAAUGGCCUUUUGGCAAUGAAACCUAUUGGGAUUAUGGUACCCGAGUCGGACCAAGAUGCUUCAAAAAAACUUUAUGGUUGAAUACACACGAGGGAAUGGAGCGCUUUCUACCUGGUUUC